AUGUCGUCUCGAGUGGUAGCUGCGCUACCCUAUAUCGCGUCCCUCUGCGCGGUGGCCUCGGCCCAGCAGAUUGGUACUGCCAUCCCCGAGGUGCAUCCUCGUUUCCCCACCUUCCACUGCACCACCGAUGGAGGCUGCGUUGAGAAGUCUACGUUCCUCGUCACGGAUGCCCUGGCGCGGUCGUUCCAUGCCGUCGACGACAUGGACAUCAAUUGCGCGGAGAAGCCUUUCGACGCCACCAUCUGCCCUGACGAGGCGACCUGCGCGCAGAACUGCGCGCUGGAGGGCAUCGACUAUGCCAGCAUUGGUGUCCUGACCAGGGGCACGUCUCUGACGAUGAGGCAAUACCUAUUCGAUGGCCAAGAGUACAGCAGGGUCAGCCCGCGCGUGUACCUGCUGGCCGAGGACGAGGAGACAUACGAGAUGAUGAAGCUCGUCAACCAGGAGCUUAGCUACGACGUGGACGUUUCGCAGCUCGCGUGCGGCAUGAACGGGGCUCUGUAUCUCUCGGAGAUGGAUCCUACGGGGUCCAAGAGCGCUACAAACGUGGCGGGCGCCGCGUACGGCACGGGUUACUGCGAUGCCCAAUGCUUCGAUGUUCCGUGGAUCAACGGCCUGCCCAACAUGAACAGCUCGGGAGCAUGCUGCAACGAGAUGGACAUCUGGGAGGCCAACUCGCGGGCUACGGUCUACACGCCCCACACCUGCAGCGGUGUGGGCUCCUUCCUCUGCGCGGGAGAUGACUGCACGGCUACGGGAGUUUGCGACAAGGCGGGCUGCGGUAUCAACCCGUUCCGCAGCGGCGACGACGGCACGGCGACGGGCACGCUCAGCGAGAUCCGGCGGUUGUACGUGCAGGAUGGCAAGGUGCUAGAGAACCACCCGAUCUCGACCGAUGCCACGGACCCGGGAUUCCUGACGGAAGAAUUCUGCACGGAUCACAACGCGGAGCAUUUCCUCCGGCUCGGAGGCAUGAAGGUCAUGGGCGAGUCUCUCCAGCGCGGCAUGGUGCUCAUCUUUAGCAUUUGGAACUCGGACGGAGACUUCAUGUCGUGGCUCGACAGUGGCGAGUCCGGCCCGUGCCUGGAAGGCGAGGGUGAUCCUAAGAAGAUUUUGAUGGCUCGGCCGGACGUCUCGGUCACCUUUUCCAAUGUCAGGUGGGGGACAUUGGUUCGACUUUCGACUCGGCCGGCGCGAAGCAGGUACCGGGUCUUGUCUCUGCCGCCCCGCCAUGGAGCAACCGGGUGCAGCUGGCGAUUCCAGCCCCGCGGCCGUGACGGUGGCGGCGGCGGGAAGCCUCGCGCCCUCCGUGACCGUUGGGCUUUUGGCACUGGCGGCGGCCGCGCUUUUCCUCCCUCGCCGGAACGGCACGCGGCCCCCGACGUCGGGGGCGCCACGCUCAUGGGCUUAGAACGGUUCCAGGAAGCCGGAUGGGAGCCCAAGGGGUGCGGCGCGGGACCGGGCCAGGCGGGCAACGGGUCGCUGAUGCGGUGUCUGCCCACGGGCCUGUUUGAGAGCGACGAGGACAAGAUUGUGCGGGACUCGAUGGGCAUCUCGGCCCUAACCCACGACGACGAGCGGUGCACCGUCAGCUGCGCCGUGUACAACCUCAUGGUGAAAGCGCUGGUCGAGGGCCGGUCCGCCGAAGAAGCCAUCGAGGCGGGUGUCGCGGCCGCGCGCCGACUCGAAGGCGACCGACCCAGCGGCGUGGCCGACGCCAUCGAGCUGGGCCGACGGGUAUCGCUGGCGGAGCUGGCGGAGCGAGGCCCGCGCGAGUUUGCGGGCAAAGCGUCGGGCUACGUGCUCGAGUCGCUCGCCAUCGCGGUGGCGGCGCUGCGGGACGGACGGGCCCUCGAAGACGUGCUCGUCGACGUGGUCCGCAUCGGCAAGGACACGGAUACCAACGCCGCCAUCGCGGGGGCUCGUGGGGGCCCGCGACGGGCUGGCGGCCGUGCCGGAGCGGUGGAGGCGUAA